AUGAAUGGAGAGGGCAUGUUCAUAAAUCAUGUAGCGGGAAGAACUCAGAAGAGAAGGAAGGAAAAGAAGACGCUUUUCACUUUGAAUCAAGCUACAUUUUAUUCUUUUUUUAAGUAUCUUCUAGUCAGAUCAUCCAGUGAGAAAAUGAGAUUCAUCAUCUCAGCUAAAUUUAGGUGGCGACAUUUGGCUUGCGAAAAAUCUAUACGGGAAAAGAAUCGUAAUUCUAUUAGCACCGUUUCGGACGUUGUGGUGGCUGUUGCCAUUUUUAAUUUGGACUUGAGAUUUCUUCUCCCACAUGAUAAAUAA